AUGAAAAGCGGAGAGGUUCGAGUGGUGAAUGACGAGGCAGGGAUUCUCGCUGGCCUGAAAGGAAUCAGGUACGCAGUGCCCGAAGGUGCGUCUCGCGUGCCGUGGCUCGAGACGCUCGACAUAACUGUGGACCAAAGGAUCCCGGACGACUUCCCAGUCGAAAACAAUAUAGAAAGGGAGAAUCUGCUCCACGAUAUUACGCUACAAGGCGUACGUGAAGGACUGGGCAAAAUGGCCUACCUGGGUGUCAAAUUCGCUCGUCCCAACGACUUCAUGGCGGAAAUGGUCAAGGACGAUAAGCAAAUGAAGAAGGUCAUGCGAGGCUUGGAACGCUCCCGGUAA